GUUGGAGGAAAAUAUAAGUAAAUGCGACAGACCGCUAGCAGAUAGUGCGACACUCUUCACACGCAACGUUUGUAGAUAAAUGUACGAAUGAAUGGUAUAAAAGCUGUGGGCCUGCAAUCGAACAGUACAAUUCAGUUUGUCUUCUCAUACAAACAGAACUCCAACCUCAAAACUCAAAAUGAACAAGCUCGUCGCUGUCGUUGCCCUCUGCUUCCUUGCUAACAUUGCAUUCGCUGCCAAGUUCAACCGUGAUGAAGCAGCCGAAGGUGGCUCUUCCAGCGGCGGAAGCAUUCCCAACAUGGGCGCUUUCAUGAACCAAAUCCAGGGUAUUAUGGAGCAGGCUCAAGCUGGAAACGGCGGUGGCGGCGCCGAAAACGAAGAGGGAAGCUCCGGCGGCAGCGGUGGCAUGUUCGGUAUGCUUGGAAGCAUCCCUGCCAUGCCCUCAGGAAUGCCCGAGAUGCCCACUGGUAUGCCCGAGAUGCCCACUGGUAUGCCCGCUGGUGUCCCCGGCAUCGGAGGCUCCAAGUAAGAAGUUCAGCGCCGUCAUUUCCAAAAUCCAGCCCAAUCAGUUGCGACGACCUUCCCGUAAUAUAUCAAAGUCA